GCCUCAGGACCGAGGAAGCGAAUGGGGCGGGGCUGCGUCUCCCUUCUGCAGGAAAGGCGCGAGCUUGGCUGAGGGGCCGCGUUGGGUGAGGGGGGCGGGAAGAGGCAUCCCGCCCGCCUUGGACGGGCUGUGCACCAUGAGUUUCCUGAUCGAUUCCAGCAUUAUGGUCGUCUCCCAGAGGAGUUAUCCCACCUAAGAGGGUUCCGGUGAAUUAACUUCUGCUUGCAGUGGCACGUAAUGACCAAGUACUCGGGGUUGCAUUUGUGAAUUGAGCCUCGGAAAAUGUGCUGUUUUUUGGAUUUGGAUGGUUGUUCUUCAUGCGCCGGCUCUUCAAAGAUUAUGAGGUUCGGCAGUAUGUUGUACAGGUUGUCUUCUCUGUAACCUUUGCUUUUUCAUGCACCAUGUUUGAACUUAUCAUUUUUGAGAUUCUAGGCAUCCUAAGCAGCAGCUCUCGGUAUUUCCAUUGGAAAUUAAAUCUUUGCGUGAUUUUGCUUGUUCUGGUGUUCAUGGUGCCCUUUUACAUUGGUUACUUUGUUGUGAGCAACAUCCGAUUGUUACACAGACAUAGACUUAUUUUUGCCUGUGUUGUCUGGCUAAUAUUUAUGUAUUUCUUCUGGAAACUGGGAGAUCCAUUUCCUAUCCUUAGUCCAAAACAUGGAAUUCUAUCUAUAGAACAACUCAUCAGUAGGGUGGGAGUGAUUGGGGUAACCCUCAUGGCCUUGCUCUCUGGCUUUGGUGCAGUGAAUUGUCCAUACACGUAUAUGUCUUAUUUUCUCAGGAAUGUCACAGAUGCUGAUAUUCUAUCCCUAGAACGUCGACUCCUCCAGACAAUGGACAUGAUCAUCAGCAAAAAGAAAAGGAUAGCAAUGGUUCACAGAAAUAUGUUCCAGAGAGGGGAAGUGCACAACAAAACCACUGGUUUCUGGGGAAUUAUAAAAAGUGUCACAACAUCUUCACCAGGAGGUGAAAAUUUGACACUCAUCCAGCAAGAAAUUGAUGCUUUAGAGGAACUUAGUCGACAGCUUUUCUUGGAAACAGUUGAUUUGCAAGCUACCAAGGAAAGAAUAGAAUAUUCUAAAACAUUCCAAGGGAAAUAUUUCAACUUUCUGGGUUAUUUUUUCUCCAUUUACUGUGUCUGGAAAACUUUUAUGGCAACAAUCAAUAUUGUAUUUGACCGAGUUGGGAAAACAGAUCCAGUAACAAGAGGAAUUGAGAUUACUGUGAAUUAUUUGGGGAUACAGUUUGAUGUAAAAUUCUGGUCCCAGCAUAUUUCAUUUAUUCUUGUUGGAAUAAUUAUUGUCACCUCUAUCAGGGGCUUAUUAAUAACACUCACAAAGUUUUUCUAUGCUAUCUCAAGUAGCAAGUCUUCUAAUGUUAUUGUUCUGUUGCUGGCACAGAUUAUGGGAAUGUAUUUUGUAUCUUCUGUGCUUCUGAUUCGAAUGAGUAUGCCUCUAGAGUAUCGCACUAUCAUUACUGAGGUUCUAGGAGAAUUACAGUUUAACUUUUACCACCGAUGGUUUGAUGUUAUAUUCCUUGUCAGUGCUCUCUCCAGCAUCCUGUUUCUCUAUCUGGCACAUAAGCAGGCUCCUGAGAAACAUAUGACACUCUGAAUUUAUUUUAAUUCUACAGCCUGCAGUUAUUCACAAUUAUGGAUUUGGUAUAUCACCAUUUUAAGAUGGCUCUUCAAUGAUGGACACUCAUCUCUUUGGUUCAAAUCAGAUGCUUCACUAUAGGCAAGAAGUGACAAGCAGUCUUACAAGGACAGCCUCCAGCUCCAUAAAAAUGAGAAAAAUAAAAGGGAAUACUAGAGACCUCUCAAAAGGCUGGAAAUGAAGAAGCCAUUCUGCAGUUUUUAUUCAAUGGAGUUGGCAACAUGUUUGCUUCAUUGUCUUUACCUUGAAGAUAAUGAUUCUAAAAGACUAAAUAAAACAAUAUUUGUAAUAAUUCCCAAUACUUUUCUUACGGUU